AUGUUGUUAUCACCACUUCCGACGUCGUCAUCAUCAGCGAGGACGACGACUCCGAGUGGUGGUCCAAAAAGCAACAGACGAGGUCUGGUUCACGCGUCGUCAUCAUCUUCGUCAUCAUCAUCAUCAUCAUCAUCAUCAUCAUCUCCAAACGCGCAAAAAUUAUUGGUGAAACCACAAAAAGCUUUGGAAUUGAUUCAGUCGCAAAAAUACGCCUACGUGGACGUCCGAACGAAACGCGAGUUUGAAACCGUCGGACAUCACAAGAAUUCCACGUGCAUUCCUUACUUCGUGAGCAUGGGGCCUCCACCAGAAGUCAAUCCGGAUUUUAUAAAGGAGGUGGAGAUGAAAUUUCCAAGGAAAGAUUGUCCUUUGUUGAUUGGCUGCGCGGCCGGCGGGCGAAGCGCCAAGGCAUCUGCGACGUUGUGUGAAGCCGGCUACACCAACAUUGCUGAUUUAGAAGGAGGGUUUAAAGCGUGGGCGACUGAAUUCGGGGAUAUGAUUGAGACUGGAUGUGGCUGUUAA